AUGGGGAACACAUUGGGCGUUGAAUGCUCCUAUAACCACGUCCGCGUGACGAGCAUUCUGGUGAAGGGGAAAAUGAGGAAUAACCACGAAGGGACAACAAACGGUGGAAUUGGUGUAGACGCGUGUCGAGAGAUUUCCCACUCGGGUGAGGACACGCAGCCUCAGGUGGGAACGAAGGAACCAAUUAUUUCUAACAAAACGGGUCAUAAUUGCAUCUCCGGUGAAGGGUCCCAAUGCAAAUCGGACCCACCCACCCCAAAUGGAGAGUACCUCCAAAUGCAGAAGGAUAUAUAUGCUUACCUGCUAACCAUACGACACCUCAUUGUGGGUCAUCUGCAUCUGGUCGUAUUAUGUCAGGAUGGAGAAAAAAACGAACACCUCCAAAUUGUGCCAUCAAAAAUGAGUACCAACAUGGAGGAACCAUUCUAUGCGUAUCAUCAUUUCAAGGAGGCCCAAUCGGGGGAAGCGGAAAAGAACAACAAGAAAGACCCACUGCUGGAUGAACAAAUUAUGCAGAUUUAUUUCUUCACCAUAAAGGUGAGCAGCUUGGAUGAAGCUCUGGGCAAGUGUCCACACAAGACAAUCGCAAACACGGUAAUAAAUUUCACCGGGAAGAGGAGUGCCUACCUUAGGAGAAAAUUUUUUAAGUUAAAAAAAAUGAACCACCUGUCCUGUCACGAAGAAGUAAAGUGCAUCAACAGCGCAGUUGUUUUUUUGGCAAAAUAUUAUCCGGGCAGUUUGUACAAAUUUGUGCGGGAGGAUAAUACACAUAGGGAAGGUACCAAAAAGAGGGAGGAAGAAAAUAAGAAUUUGCUACGAGAAAAAUUCCUGAGCCGAAUAGGAGAAGCUCAUGAUAUGUAUCCUUAUCUCCUCGUCAGUGUAAAGAGAGGGAUCACUUACCACUUGGUCAACACAAACAAUGUUGUUACGCGCGUUGGCUCAUGUUUCAUUUCUUACAAAAGUGUUGUCGGCUUGUUCUAUUUAAUAACGGGGAAGCUUUUCCCCAUAGAAAGAAUCUGUGAGCUAGCGAAACGUGGGGACAGAAAAACGUUCGACAUGUCCGUUGGGGACAUUUAUGGUACCUCUUACGGCAAUGCCGGGUUGAGCAGUGAUUUGACUGCCUCGUUCUUUGGCAACGCACAGCACAUAGCUGAUGUGAAGGGAUUGUUUGGACGUUCGCUGGUGCAGGGGGGUGCCUUGGGCGGGGGCGUGGACUCUGACUCCUUCGAUAGUGACCUCGAUUGUGAAUGUGACUGUGCCUACCCGGACACAGCGCAGAAGACACGCACGGCUGUCAGUCCCCCCCUCUUCCACUCUCACAGCGAUACGGAUGUUCUCCACGAGGGAGGCCUAACCAAGCGGAAAAUAAAAAAUUGCAGAAAAAAAAAUAUCCUCAUGGUGAACAGGAAAUGCCAAAGUGACCCCGAAAUGGAGCCAAACGUCUACUCAGAAGUAGGCUGCCGUGAAGGUCGCAAAACAAUUGAGCAUCUUCAAUACGGUGGAAAUUUUCGCAGAAAAAACAGUGGGAAGGAAAAAAAAUACUCAAAAUGUUAUGAACAAGUCAGGCGGGAAAAUGUGAUCAAUCGAAAUGACUGUGUGGAAGGUAACCCUGGCCAGAUUGACCAAUCCGAUCUGAACAGCAACAAUGAGAAUAAUUACCAAAACGUUCAGAUGAACGUUCAGGGGGAAGAGGAAAAACCCAAUAAAUACGAAUGUGACCUAUCCAAGUCGUUACUUUCGAUCGUAAUUUUUAACGCAGCCCAACAGGCCUACAUUCACAGCCAAGUAUACAACGUUAAGAACGUUUUUUUUUCGGGCUACCUCCUGGACCAUUCGACCUGCGUGGGUCUCAUGAAAGUGAUUGUAAAUUUUAUGUACCAUAAUGUGCAGCAGCUCCAUUUUUGUACUCUCUCUUCGUACAUGAGUAGCUUUGGCAGCGCCCUGCAGUGCCUUCAGCGCUUGCAGCGUCUGCGUUGUUAA